AUGAGCAAGGAGGCGCUGGUGACGUUGCUGGCGCGCGAGAUGGAUCGCGUGGCGCGCAACGCCGAGAACUGGCAGGAGCGCAUGGCGGCGCUGGGCGAGAUGCAGCGCGCCUUCGAGCAGUUGGAGCGAGACCCGCCCGCGGGCACCGUGGCCGCCAGCCUGAGCACUGAGGUCUGGAAGACGCUGCGGCCGCUCAAGGGCAUGGUGCAGGACCUGCGCUCGCAGAUCGUCAAGGAGGUCUGCGCGCUGCUGACGACCAUGUCGCGCGUGACGAGGGACGCCAUGGCCCCGUUCCUGCGCGACGUGCUGCCCACGCUCGUGGAGGUGCGCGGCAGCGGCAACAAGGUGUGCGGCACGUACUGCGGCGAGUGUCUCGAGGCCGUCGUCACGCAGACGGUGGUCAAGGGCGCCACGCUGCGGCUCUUCGUGGACAUCCUGCUCGAGAGCAAGAACAAGCUCAUCCGGCUCUGCUGCAUCUCGUGUCUGCGCCGCGCGCUCGUGUCGUGGAGCCCCGUGAUGGACAAGAGUGACGUGCAGCAGCUCGAGAAGGGGCUGCAGCACGCGCUGUACGACGCCAGCUCCUCGUGCCGCGCGCAGGCGCACGAGCUGUUCCUGGCCUUCCACACGCUCUUCCCUAAGCGCGCGCUGGUCGUCAUGAGCAUGGUCGACUACAAAAUUCAGAAACGCCUGGAGGCGCUCGUGUCGUCGGAUGUGGCCGAGUCGGUUAGAGGCGCGGGCUCGGCCUCGAAUGCCAGUGUGGACGAGAGCGUGGCUUCCGUGCAGCAGGUACAAGCGCUGGCAGGCCUCAACUUGGACGUUGGCGACCGCGUAUGCAUCCCAGACAAGGAGCUGUUCGGCUUCGUGCGGUUUUUGGGCGAAAUUAUGGGCGUGAAGGGAGUGUGGGUCGGCAUCGAGCUGGACGAAGCGUACGGCAAGAACGACGGCAGCGUCAAGGGGCGCUACUACUUCCGCUGCAAGCCCAAGCACGGCGUUUUCGCCCGCCCCCACCAGGUUUUCCUUACCAUGUCGGGCGCUAAGCUGCAUGAGCACCAACUUCAGCAACAACAACAGAUUCAAGACGGCAUGGGCGACAGUUUCGAUCAAAAGACCACUGCUAGUGCAGCAGAGCUCGGAGACGAAGCGAACGGGAGUAUUCAGCCGCCUUUGACACCCGAGGGAGCAGUGCCGCCGUUUCCUAGCACCCCACCACCAGCACCAGCGCCUGCUUCGUCGUUGAACUUACCCACUCCGACCGAUACACCGGAGCCCUCGAAGCUGAGUUUGGUGCUGAGCCGAGCCUCUGUGGCUCACCGACGGUAUCUGAACCGCCUACUAAUGCAUGUCCGCGCGGAGCUGGAGGAGCACGAGCGUUUUGAGAAUUACGGAGCAACCGCUAGCUCGGCCGAUGCCGUCCAGUACCUGCAGCAACUUCAAAACAGCGCGCAGGACAAGAUCGUUCUCUCCGAUGAGUUUAUCCAGCAGAUCAUUCAGGCGCAACAAGCCGCGAGAGAGUCAUAA